UCCUGUUCUAGCUUAGCGGCAUCCACUCUGAGCCUUACUGUUCGUAAUUACAAUACAGGGACUGAUGAUCGGCAGGGUUGCUACCAGUUUGGAGUGAAACAACCCUCGGCCCCUUCGAUGCUAAUUUCCUCCUUCUGCUUCAUCGGAUUCUGCUUCGAGAUCUCUGUCAUUCUUCAGAUUAUCUUCGCAUCCGCCACUCUUUCGCUUUUGCGCAACCACACUCCUUAUUAUUGCCAUUUACCACGUUCUUUACAGCCGAUAUUUGUGUAUAGUCGCUCUUUUGCAUAUUCCUCUCAUUCCUUUUGCUUUCGCGAUCCCAAUCCAUUGCCCCUAAUCGUUUUGACGGAUUAACCGACGGCCUACAACAACCGAUUUUCAACCAGUUCAUCAGCAAAAAUGCACUUCGCCAAGUCCGCUAUUCUUUUGUCCCUCGUGGCUCUCAGCAACGUCGUUGUUGCUUCGACUCCUGCUUGUCUUCUUUCUGCGGUGGGCUCCCAGGAGAACCCCGCCGAUCUCAAGGCGAUUUGCGUCACCAAUGUCGACAAAGUGAAGGACACCAUUACUGAAAAAUGCGGUGAUAAGAAAAAGGAGGCCCUCGACUUCUUCUCCGAUGUCUGCGCGUCUGCCGGUCACAAGAAUGUUGUCGACAGCUCCUCGACUAGCUCCGCUUCCGGCACCACCGCCACUUCUACCGGCUCCAAGUCGACCGGCACUGGCUUCGUCACUUCUACCUCGACUAGCUCUGCUUCUGACUCCAACAGCAGUGGCUCUUCUGGCACCAGCUCCAGCAGUUCGUCUUCCAGCUCGCCAUCGCCCUCUGACUCGGUGUCCGCUGGCGCUUCCGACAGACACGUCUCUGCCGCUGCAUUCGCAGCUGUUGUCUUUGUUGGCUUCGCGGCUACACUGUGAGCAUGCUUGUGUUGGGUCCAUUCUAUCUUGCGGUUCCGGCCAUGGAAUAAAUAUUCGAAAUAUAUCCAAUAUGUUGUUUUCAUUCGAGUUGAUCCUUCAUUUAAAACCCCUUCAUAAAUAGCUUGUUGAUUUUGAAGGGGUUGAUAAAUGGCAUUUAUGUUUCUUGGACCAUGAGUUCGUCGAUCAGAUCAUCAGAUCAGUCGUAAUGAACCGCUCGUGGUAAUAUGAGAUCCGACCCACUGUUGUCAUUGUAGAGUUCAUCUCGUACCAGAGAUAGUACUUUUAGAUGAAGAUCAUUCUAGGGCAUUUUGCAGAGUAUAAAGGGCAGAUUUAUGCAACUGAGCAUAGCUGAGCUUCG